UGCCGGAAAGCGCGGCGCUGCCGGGCAACGCGUUUUACGACAUCGCGGGAGGGCGGCGGCGGCGGCGGCGGCCGGUCCGUGAUGAUGUUCGGGGCGGCGGAGGAGGACGACGCCGACUUCCUGUCCCCCGCCAGCGGUGCCAGGUUGGCCUCUCUCUUUGGUCUGGAUCAAACGGUCUCAAGCCAGGGAAAUGAAUUCUUCCAGUACACGGCCCCAAAGCAGCCUAAGAAGGGUCAAACGGCAGCUGCAGGUCAGGCAGCCCAGAAGGCUCCUGUGGCCCCGGCAGCUUCAGGGGCACCAUCGGUGUUUGUGGCCACCGCGGUUCACGCUUAUCGAUAUACAAACGGGCAGUACUUGAAGCAAGGCAAGUAUGGAGCAGCUGUGGUGGGGAACCAUGCUACUAAAGAGUACAGGAUCCUCCUUUACAUCAGUCAGCAGCAGCAGAUCGCAACUGCAAGGAUCCAUCCGGGCUUCGUGCUCACGGUUCAACCCAACAAUUACAGUACCUUCUAUGAUGAUCAGAGACAAAACUGGUCCAUCAUGUUUGAAUCAGAAAAGGCAGCGAUGGAUUUCAGUAAACAGGUCUGCAUCGCCAAAUGCAACAGCUCCCCAGGGCUCGACUCGGUCCUCUGCCAGGAUCUCCUCCUUGGAGAAGGGCAGGGAGUAGAAGCAGGAGACUCUCUGGAAGUUGCCUACACGGGUUGGCUCUUCCAGAACAACGGGCUUGGACAGGUGUUUGACUCAAAUGUGAACAAGGACAAGCUGUUGCGGCUGAAGCUGGGAUCUGGGAAGGUCAUCAAGGGCUGGGAAGAAGGAAUGAUGGGGAUGAAGAAAGGAGGACGAAGGUACCUCAUUAUUCCUCCAGCGUGGGCCUAUGGGGCCCAGGGGGUGGCUGGCCGUGUCCCUCCAGACUCCACGUUGGUGUUCGAGGUGGAGGUGAGACGGGUGAAGCUGGUGAAGGAAUGCUCUGCUUCGGAUGGACAGAGCCUGAGUUCAAGAGAUUCUGCUGCACCUUCUCCAGUGCCCAAUUCCGACGGCUUCUCUGCAGACACUGGUUUCUUGCCUCCAUCUACGAUACCUCCAAAGCCCGGGGAACCGGCUGUUCGGGCCAAGUCAAACUCCAUCAGUGAACAACUAGCAAAUCCAGACGUGGCAAAGGCGAAGCUCAUCUCUCGGAUGGCCAAGAUGGGACAGCCCAUGCUGCCUUUCCUGGCCGGGACAGCGGGGAGCCAGCUCGACUCCAGUGACUCGGAAAUUGAGGAUCCAAAUACGCUGAGAGGGACGGCGCAACCUGUGGCUUCAUCUUCAGUGAGACCAUCACAGCCAGCUCACGCCGUGCUGCCCACAGUGUCCACACAAGUACCUCAAGCAUCUGGCUCUACACCCCCGGUAUCUUCAGCUGCUUUGAUACCUGCGACCAUCCAGCCCCAUUCAGCUCUGCCUGGAGGGACACAGGGCUUUCAGGCGUAUCCAGGCAUGGCAUUUGCUUACCCCCAAACUGCUGCGUCUGCUUCUCAGCUCCAGCCUGUAGGACAGAUGUAUCCCACACCUUACCAAGCACCUGGGGAUGUUACGUCCUUUCUGAUGACGGAAGCUCGGCAGCACAACACCGAAAUCCGAAUGGCUGUUAGCAAAGUAGUAGAUAAAAUGGAUCAUCUGGCUGCCAAGGUGGAGGAGUUGAAGAAACAAAACGCUGCUAACAGCUCGCUGCUGCCUGGUAUCUCCUCUGUUACUAUGGAAGCCUCCAUGAUCAUGAGCAAUAUCCAACGCAUAAUCCAGGAGAAUGAGAGGCUGAAGCAAGAGAUAUUUGAGAAGAGCAGUCGGAUUGAGGAGCAGAACGAGAAGAUCAGCGAGUUGAUCGAGCGGAAUCAGAGGUACGUGGAGCAAAGUAACUUGCUGAUGGAGCAGAGGAACCAUUCACUGCAAACCACAAAUGAAAACACCCAGGCCAGAGUGCUGCACGCAGAGCAGGAGAAGGCCAAAGUUGCAGAGGAGUUAGCAGCCGCCACGGCGCAGGUUUCCCAGCUGCAGCUGGAGCUGACGGCCCACCAGAAGAAGGAGAUGGACCUGCGGAAACAACUGUCUGCUGCCCUGCAGGAGGCAGAGCGACAUGAGACACAGCUCAAUAAACUGCAGGCACAGUUAGCAGAGCUCCAAGAAGCCUCUGAGGACACUCAGAGUAGGUUCAAAGCUGAGAAGCAGAGCCGCAAGCAGCUGGACAUGAAGAUCACAGCGUUGGAAGAAGAGUUAACGGACCUAAAAGUGGAAAAGGAGACCCUGGAAAGGAAUCUUGCAGAAAGGAAGAAGAAAUCCCUCUCGGAGAGAGCUCAAGCUGAGGAAGAGAUGGAAGAAAUACGCAGAUCGUACCAGCAGGAGCUGGACAAGCUUCGGCAGCUGCUGAAAAAGGCACGGACUUCGACUGACCAGGCAGCAGCAGAGCAGCUAUCACUCGUCCAGGCAGAGCUGGAAUCCCAGUGGGAAGCCAAAUGUGAGCGGGCGCUGGCCUCGGCCAAGGAGCAGCAUCUUAGAGAGUACCAGGAGGUGUGUGAGCAGAGGGAUUCCCUGCAGCAGCAGCUGUCCCAGCUGGAAGAGAAGGUUGCAGCUCUGAAACACUCGAAAAAAGCAGAGGAGCAAAAAUCAUCUGAGUUUCAGCAACGUUUGGAGCAACUGGAGCCUAUCAAAGAGAAGUACUCAGCCCUGCAGGAGGACGCUGCGGCGCUGAGGGCUCGCUAUGAGGAACGCAUCCGAGACCUGGAGAGGCAGCAAGAUGGCUCUUCAUCUGCAGACUUCACAGAAGAAGUAAAGAAGAUAAUGAAUGGUGUGUUUCAAUCUCUUCGGGGUGAGUUUGAGCUGGAAGAGACGUACAGUGGGAGGACGGUUCUGGGCGUUGUCAUGAACACCAUUAAGACUGUAACACUGCAGCUACUCAAUAGGCAGCAGGAGAAACCAGAUGAUGAUGGUAAAAAGGAGGAAUCUGGAACAGGAGCAGCGAGACAGGAGGCAUCACCUGGAGCAAAGACUGACAAUGAAGAGCCCAUGCAGCGUAGCCCAGCGCAGAGUGUGACAUUCCCAGCUGGUCCUGGGGAAGCCACUGCAGGCUCCACGGUGUCUGACCAGGAAGAUGAGUCCCCUGCUCUGUCUGCCAGGCCCAGAACUGCCGAGGAAGAGCAGGUGACGCAGAGCAGUGGGGUGUCAGAAGAGGAAAAGGUCCAGGGGGAGCCUCUCUCUUCCACAGCUGAAUCCUGCCUGGGUCCUGACCCUGCAGGACAGCCUGUUCCCCAGGUGGAUGCAGACCCUGUCCCCGCUGAGCAAAGGCAGGAGAGCAGUCCCAUGGGGGGAGCUGAGACUGAAUGUGGUCCCUCCAGAGUAUCUUUGCAGGCAGAAGCUGCAGAACCUUCUCUUCUAGAAGCCCAGCCAGGAGAAGUGGAUGUGGCAGUGCCUCCAGAAAAGCCAGCUGCAGAGCAGGAGGCAGAGGAGCCCGUGGGGGGUUUAGAGCCCCCUCCCUUGAAUGGUGAUGGAGGGAUCUGCACAGAUGAAAGUAGCUCUGAGAAGGAGCCAUCUUCAGCACCCAGCCCAGCAGGGCUGAGCCCAGCUCUCAGAGAAACCCCAGCACGGCAGGAACUGGGCUCCAGCCCCAGGCAGAAAGAUUCCAGCCUCUUUGAGGAUGACGACUUCUUUGAAACGGCAUCUCCUAAACCACUGAAGCCUCGAGUUCCCUCUGAAGAGGAGGAUGAGGAGGAAGUGAGCAUGAAGGGGCGUCCCCCUCCAGCUCCGCUGUUUGGCGAUGAUGAUGAUGAUGACCUGGACUGGCUGGGAUGAAGAGCCGGCUGGUGAGCGCCUGUGAGCCCUCUCCUCUUCCUGUGUGCCUGGCACUUAACGAGCCUCAGACCUGGGACAGUUGUGAACAACCAGGGAUAUGCCAGGCUCUUGUCCCCCCGACCCAUGGGGCUGAGAGCAGGGGGCUCUUGGCACUGGCUGGGACCCCUGGCUCUGACCAGGCAGAGACACAGAGGCUGGGGAGGGGCUGAGGGUCUUCCUGCCCCUCUCUCUUGCUGUCCUACUUCUGCCAACCCUCCCUUCAUUCCUCUGAAACUUUAUGCAAAUGUGAACUUUGGGAAGUGCUUCAGAAGAACGAGUCUGGCAGGACCCUGCAGGAGUAACUACUUGUUAAAAAAAAAAAAACAGACUAAAAUCUCCCCUCCUCCCCCAGUGAAGGUCUCCUCGGAAGAUUCCCACCAGUUCCCAGGGCCUCCACACUGGUUUAUCCCCAGGUGUUAGUGAUGUGCAGUGGGAGACGGGGCCCAGAGGCCCCAUGUGGGUGUUUCUAUGGGCCAGUGGCUCCCGACUGGUGGCUCAGGGCAACCUCCAGGCUGGGGUGGUUCAGGUGGGUGCUCUGGGGUGUUGAGAGCUCUGGUGCCUGUGGUGCUCACUGAUCUGCAGCCGGGGUACCUGGCCUCUGUUCUCCUGAUGCUCCCAGCAGAGAUGUAGCAACCAGGAACUGCUGGGGGGAGGAGGUGGGUUCCCAGCUGGGUUUUAGGGAGGACCCUGAGGCUCCCAGAGGCCUCACAGAAAUGAUUCCCUGUGCAGCCAGCUCCUCUCUUCUCUCUCUGUGGCCAGAGGGGAGGUUAUUUUUUCACUGGGUGGUGCUUCCCUGGCAGUGGAAGCAGCAAUACAGGUGUGUAACGUGCUCCUUCCCCAGAGCAGGGUCCCUGCAGGGAGCCCAGCCCCUCUCCUGUGCCUUUUUCUCUGCCGCUCUUGGAAGCGCCAUGGUCACAGCACCAGUUCAAACUGGGUGAUGGUGGGACAGAAGCUGUGACCAGCCUCACCAGGGCUCUGCGGGGCAGCCUGGGCUGGGGGAGUAACUGCUGAGCCGUAGUGGACCAAGAUGUGAAGGAGUGAGGAGGGGGGGCUGGGCAGGCACCUUGGGGUUCUCGUAGCACCUUUACCUCCAUACUCAUCGGCACUAACGCAGCUUAAGCUGGGAGCAGGUUCUUAGUGUCUCUAGAACUCAUAACCCCCUUCACUUAAUAAAAUGGAAGCGCUUAAAUUAACUCCACUAGAGUUUAGUUUCUACAACGGCCUCUUAUUUCUGAGAAGAAUUUGAUCUGUGUCCUCCUAAAUGCAAAUUAUGGGGUAGGGGAGAAAAGAGCACUGGGGUUUCCUGUUCCUGAGCGUGGCAGGUCCCUGUCCCUACCACAAACUGCCCAAUGCAGCCAAAACUGAGGCUGAGACCGAAGGUUGUGAAAGAGCUGCCCCUGCUGCCCCCCAGGCCCCUGUGUCACAGGGAGGACUCGGCUGGGGGUCCCUGGGGAAGGUCAGAGCACGGAGCAGUGAGGGUGGGUGAGACCCAGGUUUUUGGGGGCUCCCCUGAGCUACAGCCUGUCCUGAGCACCCUGCCCUGCUCCUGGGGGAGGUUGUUGCUGGUGCUGACACAUCCCGGUACAGACAGACAACCCCAGGCCUUCGCCCUUCACUUCCCAAAAAAUAAAGUGCAAUUAAACCUG